CAGUUCAUAAGAAUCAGUAGCCUUUAUGCUUAUUUAUAGAUACUCCUUCGUGUUCGGUUUCACAUUUUCUUUUACUUAAAGAGUUGUGCAAAAUCUUGGAUGUCAAACAAGUCUUGAAAUUAUGAGAAACGUGAACAAUAACGUUGAUACGGUGAGCGCCGCUGCUUCUGCCAUCUUCUCCGAGUCAAGACUACAAUCAUCGACGGUUCAGAAGAAAAAAUGGGGAAGCUGUUGGAGCUUGUACUGGUGUUUUGGAUCACAAAAGAACAAGAAGCGUAUUGGCCACGCGGUUCUUGUACCCGAACCGGUUGCAUCCGGAUCAGCUCCGGUGGCUCAAGUCCAAAGCUCUUCGAGCAACUCAACUUCUACUUUUCUUCCCUUUAUAGCUCCUCCUUCAUCUCCAGCAUCGUUUCUUCAUUCAGGUCCUUCAUCUGCGUCGCACACUCCUCAUGGUCUACUUUGCUUUCCCGUCAAUACAUAUUCCCUAAACGAGCCGUCUUCAGCCUUUGAGAUUGGACCUUACGCUCACGAAACUCAGCCCGUAACUCCUCCUGUAGACUCUGCUUACACAACAAGACCGUCCACUGCGCCGUUCACGCCACCUCCAGAGUCAGGUCAGAUGAGUUCUGCAACACCUUCUUCCCCUGAAGUUCCCUUUGCUCAGUUACUUACAUCUUCGCUCGAACGAGCUCGGAGAAACAGCGGCGGAAUGGAUGAAACGUUUUCAGCUGCUGCGCACUAUGAGUUUCAGACGCAUCAAGUGUAUCCAGGAAGUCCAGGUGGUAACCUAAUCUCUCCUGGUUCAGGUACAUCUUCUCCUUACCCGGGUAAAUGCUCCAUCAUUGAGUUUUGUAUAGGAGAACCUCCAAAGUUCUUGGGUUUUGAGCACUUCACAGCUCGUAAAUGGGGGUCGAGAUUCGGUUCUGGGUCCAUCACACCUGCUGGUCAUGGUUCCAGGCUAGGUUCAGGUGCUCUGACUCCGGACGGUGGUGGAGGCCUUGGCUCAAUGCUUGCUUCUGGUGCUGUGACACCAAAUGGGAAUCUGAGGUCACUUGAAGGCAGUGUUUUUGGAUAUUCUGAUCACGUGUCGUCAUGGACGGUUGGUCAUAGAGUUUCGUUCGAGGUGACUGGUGAAGACUUAGCACGUUGUUUUGCAAACAAGCUAAACCGAGUUGGUUUAGAUGAUCAAACUUAUGCUAAUGAGGCGGUUUCGCCUACAAACAGAUGGAGUGACAAAACGUUGGGAGAAACAGAGAGCGAACUGAGUCAGAAGUUGAGAACGUUUUCUCUAGGGUCGAGCAAAGAGUUUAAGUUUGAUAACAGAGAAGAAGUUGUGAGAUCGGAGUGGUGGUCGAAUGAGAAGGUCGCCCGAGAAGGUGAUGACAACAACAGUUCGGGAAACAGUUGGAGUUUCUUUCCGGUGUUACGAUCUGGAGGAUUCAGUUGACUUAACUGAGAAAGAAAAAAAGGGUUUCUGUCUUCUUUAUGACCAGAACUAAAACCCUCUAACAUUGGAAGCAGUUCAGUGAUUUGGUAAGAUAUUGGGGUCUAACAACUAAACAUAUAUUGUAGGAAUCUAUGUUGUACUGAUAUGUUAUUAUAAUAUGGUAGACUUCACAUUUGGC